AUGAAACUGGACAUCCAGAAUAAGAUCACCCCAAUACACACAUAUGUUGGUCGCCACGUAAACGUCACAAUGCAUGUUAUUUACUCCAUCCUGUAUACAUCAACACUUGGUCUUGUCUUCGCUUUUUCAAGUGACGAUGUACAAAGUAUACUGCGUGAACUCCAACAGGAACACUGGGAUGAGACGAGAUGUCAGCACACAGUCGAUGCCAUAUUAUCCGAAAACAGUCGCCUUCUCCAACGAAUGAAUGCUCUUGAACGUGAAAACGAGAUGAUAUUAAACAGAUUAUCGACCCUUGAGUCUGUCGAGAAAAGACGUUAUGAUCCUCUCAAUUCUCUGUUAAAAAUGAAAGCUGGUAUUCAUCACAAUGACAUCGUAUCUUCGUCAUCAAUCUUGUCGUCCGACACACGGACGAACCAGCCAGUCUUGUCCGACACACGGACGAACCAGUCAGUAUUGUCCGACACACGGACGUACCAGCCAGUCAAUAGUCAGAUCGAUGGUCCUUCCCUCAACUCGUCAUUGAAAGAAAGACAAUCAGAUUUCACAGACAAAGAGUUGGAAAAGCGUGUAGGAAACACUGAGAACGCUGUAGGGUUCUACGCAGCCCUCGCUCCGGACAUAGCAUUAGGAGACCAACAAGAUGUCCAGUUCGACCAUGUAUAUACAAACAUGGGACAAGGGUAUGAACCAAGGGACGGUCACUUCACGGCUCCAGUGGCAGGGCUUUACUUACUGUCUGCCACGGUUCUGAGUGCAGGACCAACACAAGACGACAUGCUACUGGAAUUUGUAAAAAAUGGUGCUAACGUUGGUCAGAUAUAUGCCACAAAGAGUCUUAACGAAGGCUCGAGAGUAAUAGUACUUUCACUUGACGUGGGAGACAUGGUAUGGGUACGUCACAUGACUGGGGAUCCGGGAACUGUCGCUAAUGGUUCCCAUUACAGUACUUUCUCUGGCGUUCUUAUCUCGGCCUUCACUAGUACAAGGGACUUGUAG